CCCGCGUACAUCGUUAUAGUUCCAUUCACCAGCAUGACAUUAUUUGACGCGCCCGAACGGGCCUGGCGGCUAACUGUGGUCCGAACCCACAAUGUGCGGCAGCUGAAGCAGGAGAAAUCAUGGCGGCCGAUCGUGCAGCUCGCGGUGGACGACGUGCCCUACCCGGAGGUCAUGCUCGGUGUAGACGGGCAGAAUCCGAACCUCAAAAUACCCCAUUUAAUUCACGACGCGUCUCACGACUCCCGGGUGGACUUUGAGAUCUGCUGCCAGUCCAAGACGAAGAAAAAGUCGAAGCGGAGGAGUGUGCUCGCAAAGGCGAGCACGUCCUUGGGGGACAUCCUCGCGCGUCAAGACACUAGCAGAGUGGCUGAGAUACGCUUGACGGCUCUGACCCUGACUGCGCGGCGGUCUAACUCGAACGGCUCUGGCAAGUCCGUUCAGCCCCAUGCGCAUCUACAUGUCCGCCUCGAACCCCCAUCUCAUCUCCUACUCUCGCGCCGGUCAACGUUCUCGGAGGAGCUGUCCUCGCCCAUUUCGGAAGGCGCCCUCUCUGACACCUUGAGCGUUACCUCCGACCCGAAGCCGUUCGAUGACCCUAUCACGCAGCCCGAGCCGACGGCCUCAACGACUACUCUUCGCCGCCGCCGGAAGAAGCCACGCGGGUACCACCUCUUCUCCGACAGCGAAUACUCCGAGGACUCGCCCCUCUCCUCCGGGUCCGACCUCGAACUCGACCUUGAGCCCUCUUCUACUUCCCAUCCGACUUCCUUCCUGGAUGGCGACCAACCCUCGUUCCUGGCCGACCUCGAUCCCCCCAUUGAUUCCGACUCCGAAAGGCAGACCUGGCCAUGGUUCGCCCCCUCCUUCCUCCCCCAAUACGCCCAAUACUCCGACCACGUCUCAGUUCUCUCCAAGCGCUCUUCCGACUUCGGCACGGGCUUCCUCGACGCGAUCUCGCCGUACCACCGCCUGAACGACGCAGGCGGGUUCGACGCGAUCGAGCGCGUCAUGCGCGACUUGCAGGCCGAGUGGAAUUACGUUGGGGCUUCGCUGAUCGCGUUAGCUGCGAUCGACGCAACCGUAUUCGGCCUCUCCCCCGACGCCAUCUUCCGCGUCGACGGGCUGGCGCAGCACGCAGUCGCGGCAGGCGGGCUCGCGGCGGGGCUCGGGCUCGCGAUCGACGCGUGGCUGAUAUUGCAGUACAAUUGUACGGACCCGCAGAAGUUCCAGACCCGCGCCCUCGGCAUCUGGGACAACUACAUCGCCUUCUGUCUCACCUGCCGCCUUCCCGCGCUCUGCCUCGUCCUCUCCGCCGUCGCGCUCCUCCUCUUCCUCUGCGCUGUCGCGUUCGACGUCUGGCCGACCGCGAGCGUCGUCGUGUGCUUCCUGGCGGGCGUGCUGGUCUCGAGCCAGUACUUGUUGUGGGUGGCGUGGAGGCUGGGCAGGGGGGCGGUGUGGUUGGUUCGGGGUGUGGUGGGGAGGUGUAGGGGCGGGAGACCGCCUGCGGCGAAGGGAGAGGAGGGAGGAGGAACGUAG